AUGAACCUCAAAGCAUUCGCCAUUGUGUUUUUGACAACAUUUCUUCUCUGCCAAAACACCCACUCAGCGACUUUGAGGAGUCGUAGGUCCAUUGUCGGCCUUUCAGCUGUGGGAUCGAUACAAGGUGGUCAAACCGUGUCAACUGUUCAGGUUCUUAAUGAAUGGUGUACAAACCUGACGACACAUCUCAACACAACUUUGGAAAAGUUUGUAAGUGAAUUAUAUAUAGAGAAUACUUUACGGCAAUUGUGAGCGUGCGCUAUUAACGCACGAGUCGUUGACGAAUCAGAAAUCGAACGAGUGAGCGCAGCGAACAAGGGAGAUUUCUAUUACAUAAACAAUGAGGCACUUUCCAUGUGGUAUUGUGUUUAUUAUAUACAUACUGAGACGUUCAUCAUCUUGGCGGCCUUUUUAUUUCAAAUCUUUCCAAAAUGCUAAAUUUUGCCGCUAGUACACACCGUGAAAUGACAACGAAAUCGAAGUAUCAGCUAUGUAUUAGUAAAAACGUUGGUUAAAAUAUAAUGAGGGUAAGGAUAUGAAGUAAUCCAAGAACUACAUGGGCGCUUUCCAUUCAACAAAAAUUCCGGCUGGAAAUUUCGGACAUUUCUUGUGCCCAAUGGAACGGUACUUCCGGUUGCUCAAACCAGACCCAAGCCAUCGCGCGUUUAGUUAUUGUUCUUGUAAGCAGUAUACCAAAGAAGAGUACUGGGGACAAAUGGAAAGGGACGUUCGGUCCGACCGACCGAAACUACCAGACCGGUCAAAGUGGACCACCUUCAAUGCUGGUCUCGAACUGAUUCUGGUCGAACCGAACCAGAAUGGUCCGUUCCUUUUGAUGUACCAACCGAAAUUUCCGGAAUUUUGGGUUGAGUGGAAAGCGCCCCAAGUAAUCUUAACUGUUUAACCUGAAUGUGCCAUUGAAAAUAAAUGAAUUUACGCUUAAGCUUACGUAUCGUUCUGUUUUUCCCUUCUGCUAUUGUCUAGCCGGCUCUGUACAGUUUUCUUCAUCGACAGUGAAACAAACUUCUGAACAAACUCCAAUUUCCGAGAUGUUUUUCCCUUUUUUUACGAGAAAAACUCUUCGAGGAAAAUGUCUGCGAAGCGGCGCUGCAAGCUGCAAGCGCCUAUAAAGGGGGGAAUUUUGGCGCGAAACUCACACACCUUUGUCGCCUCUGAUUGGUCGUAUCACUUUUUUUCACUCGUGAAAACCAUCGUUCGCUCCUCUGAUUGGCUAGAACUCAUUUGCGUAUGAAAAUUUACGACACAGAUUUUUGGUGAGUAUUUCUCAGUAUGCAUAUAAUAAAUAAACAAGUACAAAAACUUGGAUAGUUCUAUUUUGAGGGCACGAAUCAAGAAAAUUUACACCAGCUAUGAGCUAUAGCCUAUAGCUAGUAGCUCAUGUAAAUUUUCUUCUUGCCUCAAAUUAUAACUAUCGUCAAGUUUUACCAUUUGAUCGGAUCAUCAGUUGCAAAAGCCAGGCCAAGAUCGUGUACUUGCAGGCUAUCAGAUGUUUGCGGAAAAUCUAAUAUAUUUUUCUUCUCUUUUGCUCAGUACUAAAUUUUGUUUCAGUUGGAUUGCAGUGGGAUACUUUCUACUAGGAUACUUUCGCUAGUCUCCGAUCACUAACUUACAGUGUGCUGUAUUUUUCAUCCCAGGCAUCUAUCCCUUUCAACAGAUCAAUGGGAAGCUCCUACAUUUCAGCCUCUUCAGGAGUGACGGUGAGUGCAGUGUUUUAAGACAAUGAAAGAUACCUCAAAGUUGCUAAGUAAAACAGUGGAAGCGUCGGUUAAGGCACCUUAUAACUUUGACAGAAGAUAGAUCCGUGAAACGCACCAAUCACAUUUAGAGUCUUCAGUCACAACCAAUAACACCACGGCUUACUUGACAGACGACCAAUAACAUUGCAAAUUAAUUGACCAAAGCGGUCAAUAACCAGAGAUUAAUGCCAUCAAAUGACCUGAUACAACUCACUUUGAAUCUGAAGACGACUACUGGACAGGUUGUCCAAAACGUCAGUCACGAUCACUGUUAACAACAGUCCUAUUCAGGGCUUUGCUCGGCCGAACGAUCACAUUCCACCUAAACUUACGAAGGUAUAGUAGUAUAGUAGAGAUUACUGAUCAUGGAUCUUUAUUCUCCUUCAGGUAUUGCAGAGGUUGACUUAUGACUUGAAUCAUAUCAAAAUCUACUCUUUAUUGUUUAGUCAAAUUCCAAGUGUCAUGACUGGUCCACAGUCUGAUCUGUGCUUGAAGGAUGGUGUUCGCCUCUUGUCAGGUCUCAUUAUUGGUAUGGAUGUGGCGGUAAGUAAUUCAUAUCCCAAAGCUUAAACUUCAGUUAAGAACUCCUUCAAUGCCAGUGUCAACUGGCGCUUAAAGUAGUUUUUAGGACUCCUCUUCGACUUUGAUCGUUUGUUUUCCAGUUUUAAGAGCGAGACCACGUAAUCUGGAAACUGUUUUCAAAUUUUGUCUCAUUUGCGUACCUAUGAAAAAAAGGCUAAAAGCAAAUUUCCUUGAAACCGUCACAUGACCAGUAAUGGGGCAAAAAUCUGUUUAUUGCUAUGACACGUUAUAGGCUCACAUCAUUGUCUAGAAACUCAAUGUCUAAAUAAUACAAACAAGAGAUGCGCCAAUGACAUGUUACACCAAAUUAAAUCGUGUCUUUCCCACGCUUUGCCCGUUGGUUUCAGGCUCACGACGCUCCAGUUUUUAAUCCAGGUUAAGACUUUUCUUGUCCCUCGAUGUGUUGUAAAUAUGAUUUAUCAACAGGCAUUUUAAUUCCUUUAAAUGAGUCCCCUCUCAAGAAGUGAAAAAGAUGAACGACUGCUGUGAAAAUUCCAAAUCAUCGUAUGCCAUCUUAAUAACUUUAAGAUCUUAUCAGUUAUCACUAUUUUAGCUUAUUUUCUCUAUUUCUCACAAUAGGAAGCCUACUUAAACGGUACUUCUUCAUUUCCGCCCCAGUUCCUUCAUGGGAAUAAGCUUGGCAGCCCAGCUCGGUACCAGGACCUCAGUCGUGAAAUGGCAGUGCUUAAAAGUCAAAUGAGAGAACUGGUCAUUAUUAUUGGCAAUAAUAUGUUUUCCAGCUCAGCGCACGUCGUUAGUGUAUAA